AUGGACUGAGUCAUCUUUAAGCAUCUUUUUAGAUUCUGGAGCUUAAGCACCGCCCUUUCCAUUUUUCCCGAAUGGUGGGCAGGGCUCCAGGUCUGAGAACCAACGGAGCGGACACAGGGGUAUGGAGAGUUUUCAAUCAGGUCCGAUUCAGUAUUAUAUAAGCCACUGCCUCCGCGGUUAGCCACCCUGAGGUUCUUUGAAUCGGAGACAUGUCUGGUCGUGGCAAGGGCGGGAAGGGUUUAGGCAAAGGCGGCGCUAAGCGCCACCGCAAGGUUUUGCGGGAUAACAUCCAGGGUAUCACCAAGCCUGCCAUCCGCCGCCUAGCUCGUCGUGGAGGCGUUAAGCGUAUCUCCGGCCUCAUCUAUGAGGAAACGCGAGGAGUUCUUAAGGUUUUUCUGGAGAAUGUGAUACGUGAUGCCGUGACCUACACGGAGCACGCCAAACGUAAGACUGUCACCGCCAUGGAUGUGGUUUACGCGCUCAAGCGCCAGGGUCGCACUCUCUAUGGCUUUGGCGGCUAGUGUUUCCCUUGGUAACUCCAUUUUGCAAAGGGUUUCUUGGCUAUGGCUCGCACAAAGCAGACUGCUCGCAAGUCCACUGGCGGGAAGGCGCCGCGCAAGCAGCUCGCCACUAAGGCGGCUCGCAAGAGCGCGCCGGCCACCGGCGGCGUGAAGAAGCCCCACCGCUAUCGCCCCGGAACCGUGGCCCUGCGCGAGAUCCGCCGCUACCAGAAGUCUACAGAGCUGCUGAUCCGGAAGCUGCCAUUCCAGCGUCUGGUUCGGGAAAUCGCGCAGGACUUUAAGACCGACCUGCGCUUCCAGAGCUCGGCAGUGAUGGCGCUGCAGGAGGCCUGCGAGGCCUACCUGGUGGGGCUUUUCGAGGACACCAAUCUUCUUGUUGCUCUCUUCUCUGUUAUCAUGUCUGGCCGAGGCAAGGGCGGGAAGGGUCUUGGCAAAGGCGGAGCCAAGCGCCACCGCAAGGUUCUGCGCGAUAACAUCCAGGGCAUCACCAAGCCUGCAAUCCGGCGCCUGGCCCGCCGUGGCGGAGUUAAGCGCAUCUCAGGCCUCAUCUACGAGGAAACCCGUGGGGUGCUCAAGGUGUUCCUGGAGAACGUGAUCCGCGACGCCGUCACCUACACGGAGCACGCCAAGCGCAAGACGGUCACCGCCAUGGACGUGGUCUACGCGCUCAAGCGCCAGGGUCGCACUCUCUAUGGCUUUGGAGGAUAAACGUUUAUGAUUUUUUUCCCCCCCAUUAACAAAAGGCCCUUUUCAGGGCCCCUAAUUUUCUCACCUGAGGAGCUGUGACACUGAAUCAGUAGAAGCUGCUUAUCUCCCAAAGAUCUGCCUAAAGGUUUUGAAAUCUUUGAACAAUGUCUUUGUGGACGUAGUCACUAGCUUGUGACUUACUUUCUAUUACUCAAGGGGCAUGUUGCCCGUUUCUGGGGCUCUGCUGUUGGCCGCUAGCUAGCCAAUCCUGGUUGGAUUUUAAGUGUACUGCUGUGCAGUCUUAAAGUUGACUACACUUUAUCCUAGGAGGUUCGUAUUUGGUGGCAGCUUUUUAUAAACUGCCUACAGAUGCGAGAGAAACUCAUUCAAAACGUGCUGUAAGCAUGUGACACCAAGACUCAGGUGCUUGGUAGUAUUACUCGAAUGUUUUUGAAAACCCGGAAGUCGGCAGGGAAGUUUUUGAAGUUACAAAGGAAGGACUGCUGUUUUUCUUGUCUCAGGAGAUUUUCUUUUUUUAAAUAAUGGAUGUCUAAGGUAUAGCUGACAAAGCACAAUGUACGUGAUCUGAGAUGUAUGUACCAUGUGGAAUGAAUAAAUUGAGCUUAAUAUCUGUUACUUACA